UGUCUGACUUCCCAAAGAGCAAAACACAAGCAAAGUUUCACAACUGAAAAAUCAGAAACAGAAAAAAAGAAAAACAGAAAUAGGAAGACUUUAUUUUUGUAUCAGCCUAUGGUGUCCGUGAAUCCAACCCCAGCUCAAGGGUUUUUCUUCUUCGAUCCGACGAAUAUGUCUUAUUCUGCCUUCAAUUCUCUCCCACCGACAGCUAAUAACACUACAACUUCCACAACAAAUAAUUCUACUACUACAUCAUUGACUAAAACUACAAGUAGUACUACGAUGUUGUUUGCGGAAGAUCCGAGCAAGAAGAUUCGAAAACCUUAUACGAUUACUAAGUCUAGAGAGAGCUGGACCGAUCAAGAGCAUGACAAGUUUCUAGAAGCUCUCCAACUAUUUGACAGGGACUGGAAGAAGAUUGAAGCAUUUAUUGGGUCGAAAACAGUCAUCCAGAUACGAAGCCAUGCACAGAAGUACUUUCUGAAGGUUCAAAAAAAUGGGACAAGUGAACAUGUACCUCCCCCUCGGCCAAAGAGGAAAGCAGCUCAUCCAUACCCACAGAAAGCACCUAAAAAUGGUCCAUAUGCUCCUGUUGUAUCCCAAGUUGCUGGCCCGUAUCAAUCUUCCACAGCAUUGCUUGACACAGGAUGUAUUUAUGGUCCAGAUUCAUCAUCAGUUCUUGCAGAUCCAUAUCCUGGUGCAGGUUUGUCUUCUUGGAGUUUUAAUGCAGCGCCACCAGUAAAUGUGUCGCAAGUGGCUAGAGAUGAUGUUGGAUUGGGCGGAUCAACCAUUGUUCAGAAUUGUUACAGUAGUAGUAAUGAAAGCACUCCAAGACCUUGGCCUGUUGGUGAAGCAACUGAUCGAGGGGAUCAUGGAAAACCAACCAGAGUUAUGCCGGAUUUUGCUCAGGUUUACAGUUUCAUUGGCAGUGUUUUUGACCCCAAUGCUUCUGGUCACGUUCAGAGACUUAAGCAGAUGGACCCAAUAAAUUUUGAAACUGCAUUGUUGUUGAUGAGAAAUCUUGCUAUCAAUUUGACAAGUCCUGAGUUUGAAGAACAUAGAAGGAUGCUUUCACUUUAUGAUGCGGAAUCGGAGAGAGCUAAAUUCAGUACUUCUUAUAAUAAUAUGCAUGUUGCUAAAUCAGAAAGUGUCAUUCCAUCUGUGUAAGGGAAAGGGCAAAUGUGAACACACUUGUUUGAGAUUUUGCGAGGGAAGAGUUAUGGAAUGGGGUGAAUGUUCCAUCUGUAUAUAAGUACGUGUGGCAUCUGUCUAGGGCAGUUAGCUUUUUAGGUUGUGUAUAUAUGAUAGAAAAAUCUUUUGUUGUUUAUUUGAAAUGUGGGGUUUUUCAAGGCUUGUAUAGAAAGUUUGAGUGUCUGCGAGUUUUGACUUCAUAUCAUAGUAAUAGUAAUACUUCUACUACCACAUAUGAUCGUUAAGGAAACCCAUGCUACUGUUAUCAGAAAAUCCUUGCACGCCGUCUCAGGGGGCAUUAGAACCCAAUGUUGUGGUUGAUGCUGGAGUUGCAGUGCAUGAAUUCCAUUUAAUUUUGCUUAGAAAUG